AUGGCAAAAGUGGAAAUAUGGCAAAAACGGAAAUAUGGCCAUAACGUAAAUAUGGCAAAACGGAAAUAUGCCAAAAUCGGAAAUAUGGAAAAAAAGGAUAUAUGGCAGAAACGCAAAUAUGGCAAAAACGCUAAUAUGGCAAAAACGCAAAUACGGCAAAAACGCAAAAGUGGACAUAGUCGAAGGUUCACGAAAUAUAUAAGAAAUGCAAAUAUGGGAAAAACGCAAAUAUGGGAAAAACGCAAAUAUGGGAAAAACGCAAAUAUGGGAAAAACGCAAAUAUGGGAAAAACGCAAAUAUGGGAAAGACGCAAAUAUGGGAAAAACGAAAAUAUCGGAAAGAGAAAUGCAAAUAUGGGAAAAACGCAAAUAUGGGAAAAACGCAAAUAUGGGAAAAACGAAAAUAUGGGAAAAACGCAAAUAUGGGAAAAAAGCAAUAAUGGGAAAAAAAAUAAUGGGAAAAACGCAAAUAUGGGAAUAA